AUGUUCGGAGAUCAAUCUUCGUCGUCCCCAUACGUGACGCCUUCGUCGACCGCAGCCUUCGGGCCGCCGUCUUCAACCCCAGCCUUGGGAACGCCGCCGUCAACCCCAGCCAUGGGAACGCCGUCUGGUAACUCAGCCUUCAGGCCGCCGUCGUCGACCCCAGCCUUCGAUCCGCCAUCUUGGAACCCAGGCUUCGGGCAGUCGUCUUGGAACCCAGCCUUGGGGCCGCCGUCUUGGAACCCAGCCUUCGGACCACCGUCUUGGAACCCAGCCUUCAGGCCGCCUUCGUCGACCCCAAACUUGGGGACGCCGUCUUGGAACCCAGCCUUCGGGCAGCCGUCUUGGAACCCCUCCUUCGUCACUCCUUGGACCCCGGCCUUUGUAACUCCGUCGACGUUUCAGCAGCAGACGCCGUUGUUUAACUUCCAGCAGCCUCAUUCUCCUGGCGCCUUUGAAUUUGAAUUUGAAUUUGAGAGUUAUAGGCCGUUGUUUGAAGAGCCGACACCCUUCCCUGACUUUGAUUUGAUGACGGAGAUUGAUCACGUUUCUCUCGCCUUCUCUAUCCCCUGUCGCAACAUCCCCUUCUCUCUCCCCAAUCGCGAUAUUAAAUCGACCAAAGAAUCCAUCAGCAACCUAACCGAUGUGUCUCUAAAAAUUACUAAGCAUCUACUCACCACUGAAGGCAAAGACAAAAACAUGGUGUAUUCGCCGCUGUCCAUUCAGAUCGUCAUGUGGCUGUUAACGGCCGGGUCAAAGGGUCCCACAAAGGGGCAGUUGCUCUCUUUCCUUAAGUCUAAGUCCGUCGACGAACUCAACUCCCUCGCAACCCAUCUUGUUCCUCUGGUCUUCGCAGAUGGAUCCCCUAGAGGCGGUCCCUGCCUAUCAUUUGCCAAUGGCCUUUGGGUUAAGGAGUCUCUCUCCAUCAAACCUUCUUUCAAAGAGGUUGUGGACACUUCUUACAAGGCAGAUAUAAAUCAUGUUAGUUUCCAAAACCCUGAAAAAGUGAGACUUGAAGUGAAUUUAUGGGCAGAAAAGGCAACGAAAGGCCUUAUCACUGAGGCUCUUCCUCCUGGGUUAGUUGACAAGAAAACCAUUCUUAUAUUUUCAAAUGCCUUAUACUUCAAAGGCCUUUGGAGCAACAAGUUCAAUGCAUCAAAUACAAGAGAGGAUUUUUUCCGCCUUCUCAACGGUCAUUAUGUUAAGGCACAGUUCAUGAGAAGCUACGAGGCCCAGUUUGUAGAAGCCUUUGACGGCUUCAAAGUUGCAAAGCUCCCUUACAAACAAGGCGAAGACAAGGAGAGGCAGUUUUCUAUGUACUUUUUACUUCCACAUGCAAGAAACGGGCUGCCAGCUUUGGUUGAAAGAGUUUGUUCCGAGCCUGGUUUCGUAGAUCGUCAUCGCCCAGCAAGACAAGUCCCAGUUGGUGCCUUCAAAAUCCCCAGGUUUAAGAUUACCUCUGGCUUUAAAGCUUCCGAUAUUCUCCAGGAUUUAGGACUGGUGUUGCCAUUCACUGAUGGUUUGACAGAGAUGGUGGAGUCAGAUAUAAUUAAGGGAAAGAUAUUUCAUAUAUCCUUCAUCGAAGUUGAAGAAGAAGGCACAAAAGCUGCAGCUGUUUCUACUUUUGUCGGUUGUUCAGGUGCAUCGGCUAGACCGAUUGUACCGAUUAAAAAGAUAGACUUCGUGGCUGAUCACCCAUUCCUCUUUUUUAUUAGAGAGGAGAGGACUGGAACGGUUAUGUUUAUUGGUCAAGUGCUCAAUCCUCUUAAAGAAUGAUUUUAUCAUAGAUAGGGUCAGAAAAUCUCUCUUGUUCUAUCUCUCUUUUAGGUUUGAUUAUCCCUUAGAUUUAGAUUUGGUAGUUUUGCUCUUUUUUUGAACGGAAACAACUAG